AUGUCAUCACCGAAGAGAGAACCUCAAGGAAAUGGCUUUGCAGGACCUGCGGUCACCCAAACCAAAAGAGGAAACAGGUCUGACUGCUCAUCAGACUGCAGUUUUGAACCUGCAGCCUCUCAGCCCCGACUGCUAAGUCGUCAAUCUCUUUCUGCCACACCAGCAUUUAAGCGAGAACCCUCACCUUUUCGCACCCUCAGUUUUAGGACCUUGUCUCCAGCGCAAAAUGAUCCGUCUGUUGUUAAACUACCUCAGCUGGUAUCACAGAUGGACAUUGGACUGGCAGUCAAAGAGACUGUGUGGAACGAAGGACCCCGUUUUGUGACUCCUGUCAAAGAAAUUCAGCACUCAAGUGUCGGACAAUUCAGUGUCCCAAAGAAAAACACUAAAACAGGGAAAGUAUGCAAACCCAAAUACAAACCACUCACUGGAACUGAGGUAGUUGAGAUAUUAGCCAAGAAAAAGCAUCUGGGGGAACGUGAAUUUUACUAUUUGAAGGCUUCUGAAGAUGGUCCUUACAGACCAUAUGACUUGCGAGUGGUCUCACGCAGUGCAGCGGGCGCAGAUUACCACACCUUCUCCCACACAACUAUAAUACAUAUGCAGGAUGGCUUCUGCGUUGAACUCUGGACCCUGGCAGAGUGGUUUCGAGAGUCUGUGCUUUGGGGAGCUUUGAGAGACAUCCCAUUUAUCCGAGAUUUUUUACUGCGCAAGACCUUCAAACGAUGGCAAAGAAAUGCACACAAGGUUACUGUCGAACGCAGGAUUGACUUCCUUCCGUCUCAGCUGCUGAUAGCAGUGCCCCAGUUCAGGGAUGCCUUACUACAUAUCUCCAGAUUAAUUGAAGAGCUAAAGCAAGUCAAUUGGCUGCCACAAGAUGAUUUAAGGACUUACACACUCCUAGAUUUCCAAAGUGCACUUCUGGAAAAGAAUCAGACAGCUCAAGUCUCUUUACAUAGUUUUCUACAUUGUCGUGCUGCAAUACUUGAUGUGGUGAAGGAUAAGAAUUACCAAGCACGUCAGGAGCUCCAGAUGGAAGUGGAACACACAAAGCUCUACCAGAACAGUCCAUCCCUAUACCUUCAGCUCACAUACUUUAAAACCCUACAGAAAGAACUCAGUAAGGCAGAGCAGGACAUACAGUCGCUGGGAAACCUUGCUGCUCUAGCUGACCACAUGACUAUUCAAAACCUUGUCACCAUCUCAAAGCGUGAGAUCACAGCAUUCCUAAACAAUGUUUUAAAAAGAGAACGGGAGCAACAGUGUUGUCUCUUUCAAGCAGAGAUUAUAUUUGGAGCAGAUGAUCAGCUUACUGUUUUUCCUCCAUUGCACUUGUUUCAAGAGGUUUUGCUUGGAGCGGUGCUGUCAGUAGCAGACUCUGUCCUGCAGAUGGCAGAGCUGAAACGCCUGCUUCACUCAAUUCAGCCGGUCACAUCUGCUACACCUGUGAGGAUGACACAGGAGGAUGAGAAUGUUCAAAACCAGGGAGCUGGGGAAGAGUCUCUUGAUUCCCCUUGUUUUUCUCAUCGUUCAGAGUUUGAUGUGCUUUCUACAAGUGCUUCAGAUUCCUUUUUUCACGAUCAUGGGGAUCCUAUGGAUGUUGCUACACAACCAUCACCUCAGGCUGUUUUCACUGGUUACCCAGCAGCAGAGGGCUCUAGUGGGGGGUCAGUUCAGUCGUCUGGACAAGCCCAGUCCUCCUCCGAUGACACUUUGGCUGUGCUUCGAAUGGCAGCUGCUCGUCUAGGACUUGAUGAGUCACCUGUCCAAUCUGCACAAACUAAUGUGUUUUUCAGACAGACCACAGCUGCAACUUCUUUUGCCAUGCCACCAUGUAAGGAUUUUGUGGCUGAAUUCUCAAAUGCUCUCACUGGUUCUGGUCCACCUAAGCGGCGCUCAAAGAUUGCUCGAACGCUAGCAUCUAUGGCUGAAGCAGAUUCUAUCGGGGUGGGUCGUGCUCCGGAAAUAGAGCAGCCUGUGGCAGCUUUGGUGGUCUCUCCUGAUGAGGCUCUACGAGGGAAUGUGCGAUGCCCCAGUGCGCAAUGCGGUCGUACGGAUUCCUUGCUAAAAAAGGCAUACGAGUCUGUUGCCUACAUUACUCGAGCAGAAAACACGAUCUGCCAGUUACUUCUUGCUGCCACCAGUACGCUGGAACCUGCAAAUGCAGAUCCCUCUAUUUCACAAUUUCUGCAAACUGCUCUGUUGGCGACAGGCCAUGUGACCCGCGAGCUGGGUAGUCUUACAGCCACGCUUCUGGCAGCCCGCCGCCAAGUGUGGCUUGCCCAAGCACGACUGCCGGAGGACUGUAAGAAAACCUUGAGAGAUCUUCCUUUUGUUCCCGGGCAUAUCUUUGGUCCAAAUAUUCCGGAACUGUUGGAAAAGCGGGUAAAGCUGUCUGAAGCCACUCGUCAGCUGACACAGGUGCAGCGCAACCCUACCUUUAGGAUGCCAGCGGUUCAGACCCGACAUCACUAUGCCGCAUCGGAGCAGCGUUUCCGCCGGCAGGCUACACCUCAGUCACAGCCCCCUCAAAGACCUCGUGUUCCUGAAGAUGCGAGAGUUUUUCGCCCACCUCAUCGACAGUUUCCGGGAGGGCCCCGUCAGCGUCCCCCCGCGACCACUAAAAAUCGCACACAGCAGCAGGCCGUACAAGACUCCAGACUGCUCUUGAGACAUGUGCAGAAGCUGGGGUUUUCUGUGAACAAGAAAAAGAGCCGUUUGAUUCCAUCACAGACCACUACGUUCAUAGGAAUGACCCUGAAUUCCUGCCUAAUGUCUGCCUCCCUGUCUCAGGAACUACGAGGUGGUCCUACGACUGAUAGGGAUGUUAACAGCGGCUACAGUUGUGAUCCCCCUGGGUUUACUCCAUCUCAGACCACUCCAGUUAUGGAACAACAGUUUGCGGCUAGAUCCCACCAGACAUCGUCAUCAACUGGUUAUAAUUUCUCACCGUUGCAUAUGUGCGUUGAGGCGGUGGAGACAGUUAGAGUUUCUGAAGGCAGGAGUGCCCCUGGGUGUUGUUCCCUCUCGUCGGGAGUUGGUCACGACAGACGCUUCCCUCACAGGAUGGGGGGCAACGUGGAAUCGGAGGGGUAUUUCCGGGCGCUGGACUCCGAUCCAGGCGGCGGAACAUAUCAACCUGCUAGAACUCAGGGCAGUGUUCUUGGCUCUAAAGUACUUCAUGCCGGUUCUGGCAGGCCGCCAUGUUCUUGUUCGGUCAGACAAUACCUCAACAGUGUUCCAUCUGAACCACCAGGGCGGCACGAGAUCCCGCAGGUCUCUAUGGUUGACUCACGAGAUCCUGACAUGGUGUCAGCCACGAUUCGCUUCACUGAGGGCAGCUCAUAUUCCAGGAGUGUGCAACCAGACAGCAGAUGCUCUUUCCAGGGAUCAAGUACAUCCAGGAGAAUGGAGGCUUCAUCCAGAUGUAGUGCAGGAGAUCUGGCUAUGAUUUGGAAGAGCAGAGGUGGAUCUUUUUGCUUCAGAGAUGACCACCCACUUUCGCUUAUGGUUUGCAAGGACAGAAGUGUCGAGCCCCCUGGGCCAGGAUGCGCUGUCUCACGAAUGGCCGAACUGCCUGCUUUAUGCGUUUCCACCUACCCCUCUGUUAUGGGAGACGUUGCACAGGAUCUCCCUGUGCAAGCACAGAGUGUUACUCGUGGCACCACGAUGGCCAGCCAGACUGUGGUUUCCUUUGUUGCUAAGACUUCUGACAGGCAAUCCAUGGAAGCUUCCCCCCAGGAAGGACCUCCUCUCCCAGUUGGAGGCCAGUGUCUGGCACCCGGACCCGGCUCGUCUGCAGCUUUGGGUCUGGCCAUUGGGUUAAAUCCUUCCCUGGAGCAUUGUGACCCUGCUGUUAUUCACACAAUCUCUAAUGCUAGGGCUUCUUCCACACGACAGAUUUAUGCUUCCCGUUGGAAGCUUUUUUCUGCAUGUUGUGUUGAAGACCUCAUUUCAGAAUUUAAAGCCAAAGGUUGUGAAGUAACAGGUCCUUACAGUGUUUCUUCCCAAAUGAAGCGUGAUAUGUCACCCCAAACUGUAGUGCCAGUCAAAAUGAACUCUCUCAGAGUUCAGGCACAAAGAGUGCAAGGCCAUUAUCAGCCUCUGCCACAGAGACUGCUGGAGUGGAACUUAAAAGCUCACGUUGGAGCACAAGGCAUUCAGAAUGAGCAGGAAAAGAUUGCACAGGAUGCCAUUACAGAGGUGCACCAGCUGUGUGAGAGCCACUCUUGGUUGAUAGGUGUUCAUCUGUUCGCCAGUCAGUGGGGUUCAGGCUCUCUAGAGACCUUGCGUGGAUGUUCCCCUCUGAAAUAUGAGGAGCUAAUCAAGAAACUUCAUUUUUGGAUGGACAAAGUUUACAGCAUGCCUCAGCUCUUUACUACAUCAAAUAAGUUGUUCACUGUCGAGUUCUCCAACAUCCAAAAGGAUAUCGGUUCCAUGUUAAUCACCAUUGACGAGGAUGUGCUAAAGCUACUGUGUGAAGAUUUGCAGAUACGCUCUGAGAAUCUCACUUCUCAGCUGAAAAGAGCUUUGGAAGUCAUGGAGUCUGAGCCAAAUACUUUUCACAAGUUUACAGUUUUUUCAAACAUGGUAAAGCACAGUGAGAGAAUGUCAGGAGAUAUGCAGCAGAGGCUGGAAGACCUCCACUCUCUACAAGAAACUGCGAGAAGGAAUUAUAUUCAUAUAGCUUCAAACAACGUUCUCUCAUUGAAGCAGGUAGAUGACUUGUGGAAUCAGUUUGUUCCACUCCUGAAACAAGCUGCAGACAUAGUUUCCCAGCAGCUUCCGUCUAUGCUUGAUACACUGGACAGUAAUGUUUCCUCAUUAGUGAACAAAUUAGACAACCUGGUUUCCAGAGCCACCUCUGGACUAUAUCUCGACCCUGACCAGAAUGGCAAAGAAAUGCUUGUCCAGCUGAAACCGUUGUGCCGUCAAUUUUAUAUGAUUGCUGAGCAGUUGAAUGAUCAGAGCAGAGCCAGCGAAAUUCUGAGAGGUCACCUACUGGAUCUCACUUUUGUGACUGAAGCACAGCAGAAUAUUGAAGCAAGGAGAGGGCUCUGGGAGCUAAUGAGCAUGUCGUCCUCAAAAAUCCAAGAGUGGAAGCUACUAAAGUUCAGGAAGUUUGUGGUUGCUAAAACCCAAGACAAGGUUAAUGAAUGGCUACAACAGGCAGAGGCAUUUGCAAAAGUUAUACCCUCCCAUGAUCCUUUGCUACAGAAAACCCUACAGAUUUUGCAGGGGUUCAGCCAGCUACUCUCUGUAUUGAGUAAGCUGAGUAGCCCCACACUGAAGCAAAAGCACUGGAGAAACAUCUCAAAGGGAGUUGGUCUGCCGUAUGACCGGGAAUUGAAAGUAACGGUGGCUGAUCUCAUGUCCAAAGAGCUACUGAGGGAUCAAAGUAAAAUCAACAAGAUCUAUCUAGAUGCCAAAGCUGAGGCAGACAUGGAACAGACAUUCAGAGCACUUCAGAGACACUGGGAAGUGGCAGAAUUCCAUCAUACCAGGUUCAUUAUUACUGUCCAGCAACAGCAAAGUCCUCCACUAGGUGAUGUAAAGGAGAAACCUCAAAAUGCACCAAAGCAUCACAUUAGUGAUGGUGGAACCUUCACUAUUAUUGGUUUAGAGACGCUUUUGGCUCAGACUAAGGAAAGUGUUCUGACCUUUUCUGAUAUGCUGCGUUCGCCACAUGUUGCUGAGUUUCAGAAAGAGGUUGAACACUGGCUGCUGCUUUUACAAAAGCUAGAUGAAUUGCUUGAUAUAUUUGAGCGAUAUCAGCAGAAAUGGAUCUUUUUAAGCAGAACAUUCAAUGAAAUGCGCUCCCAAAACUCUGAGUUGCACGAGAAGUUUCACCCGGUGGAUAAGGUAUUUCGUGAAAUCAUUGAGAUCACAGUUAAUGACCCAAAUGUGUCCAGUUUUGUUCGAGUGAGUGAAACAACAAAGGCCAGUGACCAUUUACAAGGACAGAGUCUAUAUGCUGCCUUUAUGAAUGGACUCACAACAAUGGAGGAGAUUUCCAGUCACUUACUCUACGUCUUAGAGUCACCACGAAGCCAGUUCCCUAGACUCUACUAUCUCAGUGAUGGAGAAGUGAUGAAACUUCUCUCUUUACAGCUCCCAGCACCUUCCUCCCUUUUACCUCUGGUGCAGAAAUGCUUCAAGGGAGUGAAGCAGCUUGAGGUUCAAGUUGAAGGUGAUGUUUGCAGAGAAAAUUAUUUAUCAGUUCUAAGUAAUGAACGAAUGUGGGUUCAUGGUGUAUAUGGAGAAUUUGGUGAACACAUUCCCUUCGUCUGUCCUCUUGAGUCAAAUCUCAGUCCUGUGGCUUGGCUUAGUCUCUUUGAGCAAAAAUUAUAUCAAGCAGUGAGAAAGACAUUUCUGAAAUGCUUAGCUGUCCAGCAAAAUUCAAAGCCCGAAAAACUUCCUGGCACCCCAGACCUGAUUGGGAAUAGCAAGGGGAACAGUUCAGAAGUAGCUCAUGAUCCUCCUUCACUUUUGAAUCUAAUAUCUCAGUUUCCUUUGCAAUGCAUUUUGGUGGCAGAGGAGGUUUUGUGGUGUAGUAUGGUCCAGAAGUCAUCACAUUGUACUACUACUGCCAUGUGGAUGAGAAUCAAGUCCCAAAAUGCAGCAAAACUGCAGUAUUUGUGCCAGCUUAUAAAAGAACAAGCUGCAAAUUCAAAUGAGAAACCAUUCCUACGCACUUUGACAGCUCUGCGUGUCUUGGUUGUGCUAACCAUGAAGCACUCUGGCCAAACCGAUAGGCUUGUUGAAGUAAAAGGAGAUUUGGAGUCCUCUUUUGAAUGGCACAAGCUUAUGAAAUAUUACAUCAUUCCAAAUCCUAAUGCAACGACUUCUGAUUUACUUCCAUCUCAAGAGGAUCAGUCUGUCUGUGUUGAUAUUCUGAGUACUCAAUUGCCAUAUGGCUAUGAAUACAUUGGACCUGAGAACUGGACGAUAGUGACUACCCCUUCAACUGAGCAAGCUUAUAUGAGCAUAAUUCUUGCCCUAUCAAGCUUCAAGUGUGCUUUCAUUAGUGGACCCCACAUGUCAGGCAAACUGCAUGCCGCUGUGCAAUUGGGUUAUGCUUUGGGACGACAAGUGGUCAUCUUGAAGUGUUGUUCAAGCACUGGUUCCUCAGUUGUUUUCCAAAUGCUUCUUGGUGCUUUUCAAACUGGGGCUUGGCUCAUUCUUGAUUCUGUGGAUUUGUUGGGACAAGGGACAUUGUCUGAGCUGGGACAACAGUUGACCGAAAUUCAUCAACAUUUAUCAGCAGUUCAAAGACAAGCACAAAAGAAAGGACAUGAGUUGUCCUCCACUGUUGGAAAGUGUGGCAGUGGAGAAUUAAUCAAAAAGUUCAACAGUACAGUGAGUGAGGUGGAAUGUCACAUUGCUGGAAAAAAUAUUUGGGCCAAGCUAACUUAUGGAUGUAUCACAAUCUCAGCUAAUGGCUACUCAACUGAGAUACCAGAAAAUUUGAGAGCUGCAAUGAGGCCUGUUGCAAUGAUGCAGCCACACUACAGAAUCAUUGCAGAAGUGAUGUUGGUGUCAUUCGGAUUCUCUAAAGCAGCUACCAUAAGUCGCCGCCUGGACUCUCUCUUUAGCCUUGCUAAGGAUUCACAUUGCCUCCCUGAUUUUGUCAGUGGAAAUCAGACCUCUUGGCUUGUCCUUCUCAAAAAUGUGAUUGUUGCCUCUGGAGCACAUUUACAUCUCUCUCGUCAUUUGAAAGAAAGUGAUAAAGGUACAUUUUUUUGUCAAAAUGAAACCGGAUCUACAAAUACAAAUCUUGAAACAGUGCCAGAGAAGGUCAAGUCCAAUACAAUUAUGAAUGUGAAGUUAGAGGAGCAAGCAGCAAUCAAAGGAGUUCUGUCAGUCAUGCAGUAUACUGUGUCAGAUCCAAUGAGAGCAUCACAGUUUUAUACCAUAUUUGAGGCAAUCUUUCCCAAAGUGAGUUCCAUUCCAAGUCUACAACAGUUCAUUGAUGAAGGGGAACAAAGUGUGCUUAGAAAUGCAGUGAAAAAGGAGUUGCAUAAACAAGGAUUUUAUGCAGACACACAAAUGCUUCACAAUGUAUUUAUCCUGCAUCAAGCUCUGAAGCUCUCCAAUGUUGUAGUGCUUGUUGGACCAGCAGGUAGUGGCAAAACAACUUUGUAUCAAGCCCUUGUAAGUGCACUUCAAAAACUUUCCAGGGAUCUGGAGGUUGAAUCUGCUGGUGAUCCUAAAGGAGAUCUUAAAGACAUCUAUCAUCAUUUGUCUAUGUCAUGUUGGACAGCUGUGAGCACCGAGGUCAUAUUCCCCAAUACCUUGUCCCACAAACAGUUUUUUGGUGGUUAUUUUGGCAUGGACAACUCCUGGUCUGAUGGAGCUUUCACUAAAGCAUUAAGACACUCUGAGCAGCCAAUGCCCAUCGACUCUUUCAAAAGAAAGAAAACUUUGCAAACACAGCGAUUGAAAUGGAUUGUGUUGGAUGGUGAUCCAUUUGGCAGACCUGCUUGGUUGGACUCUUUGACUACUCUUUGCAAUCUUGAACAUCCUUAUCUUUACCUUUCAUCAGGAGAGAAAAUUGAGCCAUCAAAACUGAAAAUACUAGCUGAGGUCACAAACCUUGGUGAUUCAACCCCCUCUGUUGUGACACACUGUAGUCUGGUAUAUGUUUCUGGAGAGAACCUGUGGAGAUCUGUGUGGAAGUGUGAGAUGGAUGUGCUCUCUAGUGAGCAUAAUAUGGACCAGAUUACUCUGGAAAUGUGGAGUCACCUUGCUGAAGACCUUUUCUCUGACACACUAGCGUUUCUCAAAAACAAAGCACUUUCUCCAGCGCUGGCCAGUGAUGGAUGUGAAGGCAGACAUUCAUCUAGGAUUACUGAUGGUUUGCAGGAAAUAAUGUCCUUUAUUAAGAUUCUUCGUGUACUUUUGGAGCAUUCUGGAAAAUCAGAAGACUUGAAAUACACUUCAAGGAAAACGGAAACAACAGAUAAUGCACAAGUUGUCCAGCCACCGUGCAGUGAUGCCAUGGCUCCCUCUACUCAAUGGGGCUUGCAAGCAAGAAACCUCUUCAUUGUAGCUUACAUUUGGGGAUUUGGAGGACAUUUGAACCCUAGACACUGGCCACAUUUUGAUCUUUUUGCACGGGAGGCCCUACAUAAGAGCCAUUGUGAAGUUGAGACUCCACCAGAAGGCACAGUAUUUGAGCAUUUCUUUGAAUUCAGUGAAAUGAGAGACACGACCAAUUUCAUCAACUGCAGUAGGCGUAAGAGUCCACAGCUCUUCUUCACGUCUGUGCCUCAGUAUGAAAUACAUGCAUAUCUACUGGACAUGCUUCUGGAUGCUCAACAGCCAGCACUUCUUGUGGGAGAGUCUGGCUCUGGCAAAACAAUGCUGUGCAAGUCUUUAAUAUCACGAGCAAGACCACACAUGCAUUUACAAGCCAGUCCAGGCCUUCACCGUUCUGACUUGUGCAAGGCACUCAAGAAAUUUAGAUACCAGGAUACUCAAAUAAACAACAUGAAGGUCUUAAAGCAGCCAGACCUUCUUCUGUUCAUUGAUGACCUUAGUGAAGCACCAUUUGAUGCUUAUGGAAAGACAUCAAUGACUCUAGAGACAUUGCGUCAAUGUAUUUCUAGAGGUGAAGUGUUGAUAUCCGAUGACACUCACUUCAAGCUGAUUCAAUCAAGAGCAAUUCAUUUUCUAGGCACUUGCAUUGCUCCUAAUGCAGGCAAGAACAGUCGGAUGUCUCCACGGCUCUCUCGACUCUUCACCACGUUGUCUCUCCCAAGCAUGACUUCUGAAAUCCUGUUUUCUAUUCAUUCCUCGAAAUUGCAAACAUGGCUGAAAGAAAUACAACCCAUGCAGAGGGUUGCAGAUAUAGCAAACGGCAUCAUAACCUCAACUCUUGACAUGUAUUUUUCAGUGCGUACAUAUUUUAAUGCUGCGUCACAUAGUCCAAACUUCAUCUUUUCUUUGCAUGAUAUUCAUAAAGUGUUUCAAGGGAUGUACCUCUGGAGGCCAAGACUUGGUGUCCAGCAGGCUCUUCAGAGUAGUGUGGGUUUUAGGAGUUUCUCUUCAGCUGAGAAAAAAGUAUUUUUUCCAUCUGUUGUUGGUCAUGUAGCUCUUGAUCUCAACAUUGCCCGUCUGUGGAUGCAUGAGUGUUUGCGCACUUUUGGUGAUCGCCUAACUUCAGAGGAGGCAUGCCGAAAACUUAUCUCAAUUUUAGCUGAAGUUUCUGAGAAGAAUUUUGGCACUAGAUUGUCAGCUGAUUCCCAAACACCUUCAGCAGAUAUAUCAAGCCCUACAGAUCAAUCAUCUGUGUCAAACAAACAUAAUGGAAACCAGCAACGGGAUUCAACCCCUUCCCAGUUGGAAGAGAAUGUGAUUCCCUUGCUUGGAAUGACAGAAGUUCAGACAGAGAGGGAAGAGAGCUAUGUUGUAGAGAGCAACCCCAGCUUGUAUAGCCCAGGAAUUGGUGAGGAUGGAUCCUCAUUCAGUAAAGAUGAAGUAAAAGAUGAUGGACAUGUUGAGAGAGAACCAGGAACAUCAGAGUGUAAAUCUGAAUCUGCAACUGAAUCCUCAAGUUGUUCAUUUCAAAUGAUGUUUUCUUCUCAUUCUGAAUCUGGUGAAAACAGAUAUGACUACAUAAACCAAAAACCAGCUGCACGUGAAGAGUUUCUGCAGCUUCUACAGGAAACAACUUCUUCCAUCCAGAAUGUGAUCUUCAGUCCAGAACUUUGUGAGCCAUUGAACAACAUUCUUCAGCAUCAUAAUUUUAAACGCAACUGUGUGUAUCUGGAAAGAGAUGUAGAUAUGUUGAUGGACCAACUGGUUCAUACUAUUGAAAGCAGAGAGGAAAAUAAAAUGGAAAAAUCUGAUGACACUUAUUAUAGUCCUAAAUGGGCUGUGCAUCACCAGAACAUACAUCAGCUUGUGCAUGUCAUCCGAGCUUUUCUUAUUCCUGGUGGACACGGAGCUCUGUUUGGAGCAACAAAGAAAACAGGCAGAAAGACCACUGUUCGUCUAGCAGCUGCUCUGACAGGAUACCAACUAAUUGAGGUUCAUCCUGGAAAUGAGACCAAGUUGUGGGAAAUGAUGAAAGCGGUUUGGAGCGGAACUGGAGUGGAUGCCGUACAUUUGGUUUUACUGGUUCAUGAGAACACCAGCCAGGCUGUUAAGGAUGAACUGCUGGUAAUGAUGACGAAUGGAAUCUUGCCUGGACUGUAUUCAGAUGAAGAACUGAAGAAAGUGAAGCUAAGGAUGAAAACAUGGAGCCAUUUGAGGGAUGACCAAGCUCUUGAAAUGUAUUUCAAAAACAUCCAAAGAAAUACGCACGUAUUCCUUCUUUAUCCUCUCCUCCCGGACAAUCAUGAAAGACAAACCGGAAAAUCUUCAGAUUUGGAGUCGCAUGUCACCAAGGCUGUGAGUCUCUGCUGUUGUGUAGAAGUGUAUCAACCUUGGACCUCUAAGUCUUUCGCUGAAAGUGCCUUGUAUCAUUUAAAAGCCAGUGAGCAGAUACCAGAGACAGAAAGUACAGUUGCCAAGGAUAGCUUAGCUUAUAGUAUUUCUAAGGCGAUGGCUGGAAUACAUCUAUUGGCUACAGAAUACGCUGUCACACUGCUUCAUUUUGAACCGUUUGGCCCUCGGUCCUACAUAGAGCUGAUGGAUCGCUUCUUCUUUCUCUGCCGGCACCUCUUUGAGCAAAGCGGAGUUCAGUACAACCGGUUGGCAAAAGUGCUAGCAGAUGUGAAGGUCAUGACCGACACAGCUGCAAGGGACACUCAGGACGUUCUGAGCUUUAGGGCCAAAUGUGAAGCAAAACAGAAGUGUCUAGACCAGCUGCAGAGAUCGGUGGAUGCGUCACAAAAAAUCUUGGAACAAACCCAUAACCAAAGUUUGCGGGAAGAAGAGUGGCUUUCCGAUCUAGAGAAUCAGUCACAUCGAGUUCAGCAACAAGUUCAAGAUGCCUUUAAACAGGUGAGUCCACUGUAUCGAGCAGCUGUGGAUGCACUGCAGUCUUUGAGCCAGUCUGACUUGGAUGAGAUGCGGCACUACAGGAUGCCGCCUGAUGGAGUCGUCAUGGUCAUGGACAUUAUAUGCAUGUUAUUCAACCGUCCAUGUGGCUGGGACAGUAGCAGACAACUUUUGGUGCAAUCCAGCUUCUUUCAGGAACUGGAAUUUUUCGAUUGCUCUAAAUUAACUGAUGAGACGAUUCAAAAGUUGGGUCAUAUAACACAGGCACCAGCCUUUCAGCCAAGCUCUGUGCGAGAUGUGAGCCGGGCUUGUGAAUCUUUGUGUCGCUGGGUGACAGCAGUAUACAAGUAUGCUUGCGUACAGCGCCACAUGGCACCUCAAAAGGCUAAAAAGUGCAAUUUAGAUGAGCUCAUGGCUGAGAGUCUAGCGCGGUUGAGGGUUACGAGGCUGCAGGAGGAGUCAGAGCGGGAAAGACUAGUUGAAUUGGUGAGACAACAGGAGCUCAACAGACGAGACAUGGAGUUGCUGAAGACCCAGCUUAGUACCGCAGAGGCUCAAGAGAGAGAGUCGUGUGCUGCUCUCAAACUGGUUGAACAUCACAUUAAAUAUUGGACAUCAGAAGGAAAGGAAGCAGAGUUGGCUAAACAAUGCAUUGCAGGUGACGCCCUGAUUUUGGCAGCUGCUGUUACUUACUUGGGUCCGUUCGGGCCUGAUGUUCGACAAGAGCUGCUCCAGAAGUGGCACAAACUUUGUCUGACUGGUGAAAUUCAAAUGAAACGGGAAUACCCAAAUGCAGCACUUUUCAAUGAUGCCCCAAUCACAACUUGUGAACACUACGUGGCCAUUCCCAUCAGUAAGACAUUUCAAAUUGCUUUAAAUCGAAUACUUGGACUAGAUCUGCAUCGCAUCCAUGGAGAUUCCUCUGAUCUGGUCCGAAGUGUUCUUCACUGGGGGAACAAAGUUGCUUGGGCUCAUCGCUGUCCUCUACUAGCAGAUCAUCAGAAAGAUGAGGAACCUCAGACAUGGUCUCCUCCUGGUCGAUAUACAAGAGGUGAAGAAAAAGGUUAUAAGUUGGAUAAAUAUGGACUUAUAGUUUCUGCUGAUGAUCCAGAGUUACUUGAUAAAUUAAACCACGGAGCAAAAAAAGGUCUAAGAGUAUUGGUGACGCAUAUUGAACGAGCAAUAUCAAACCUAAAAAUCCUUCAGGAGUUUGUUACACCAGCCAGUUCUCCUGGUCAGAGCCACCCAGUUAAAACUGCUUAUCCUGACUUUCACCUUGUAAUGAGCACUUCCCUUCCAGUUCGAACUCUGAUACAUGAAAUUCACCCUUCUAUCCUGGAGGAGGUUCAAAUGAUUGAUCUUUCUCCAAGCACAUCUGAAGUUCGGGACCUUAUUUUGACAGAACUGAUGCAGACUGAGUGUUCAGAACUGUGGAAACAACAUCACCAAAUACAGACAAAAAAGCAGAUGCUUCAGUAUAAACUUUUUCAAAACAAGAUUUCCUUGAUGGAGUAUGUCAUGCAUGCAUCUGCCCCACUUCUCCAGGACCCUGAGUUCCUUCCACACGUGUAUACAUGUCAGAGUGUCUCUAUUGAACUUGAGACAGAAAUCAAGGAGCUAUCUCAAGAGACAGAUCAGCACAAACCCCUGAUGGAUGAUUUUUAUCAAAUAGCAGAGCUCACCUUAUCCCUUUACAACGCUCUCCAGGACGUGUCCCGACUUUCACCAUGUUAUCUUUUCACUCUUCACGGAUUCCUGCACACGUUACGGUCAGCUUUAGCUCUGGAGAGCCCAGACGUGAGGUUUCACAGAGAGAUGGUACCCAGAGCUGUCAUAUCAGAGAUUACCUACAGGAUUGUGUCUCAUGUCUUUUCUCAGUAUAAACCCCGCUUGUUCCAGACCCAUUCUGCUUUAUACAGAUUAUUGGUAUCUGUUGCCGUUAUUGUGCACAAUGAGGGCUGCCCUGAAGUAGAACGAGUCACUUUCCUCAGAGGAUUAAGCAAUUGGAAAUCUUCAGAGUGUUUUUUAUCACCAUCCACACAGUCUAUCCCCAAGCUGCCAAGCUGGAUUCAAACACACUCUCGAGAUGAUGUCUAUCUAUUAGAGACGAUUGCACCCUUCAGGGGUCUCGUGUCAUCUCUGGUAAAUUCGUCCAAUCUAUGGCGGGAAUACGUGCGGUUUCCUUCCUCCACAGUGAUUGGACCAGUCCCUUGUCAGUCUCACUCUCAUUUGUCCACAAUGCAGCGGGCUAUUCUCUGGAAGACGCUGUGUCCUCAUUGGCUAGCAGCAGUGGAAGAGGACCUUACAGCCUGUGCGCAAGGACAUAUGCUGCAUUCAUUUGCUGAAGACCCUCCAAUGGGCUCUGUGGAAAUGAUCUCCAACCUUUUGUCCAACAAUGAAGGUCCUGUAGUUGUACAUUUACCAGAUAAAAAUGAAGUGCCAGUAAGCGUCUACCCUCUCCACUUGAUUAAACAAGUUGCUCAGUGCCAAGCGGACAACAAAGGGGUGAAGCUGAGUGUUAUUUCUUUUGGAUCUGGUUGUCAUCGAGAUGCCGUUCUUUUGGCACUGGACAGCGCUGUCCAAAAUGGCCACUGGUUAGUCCUGAACAACUGUCAUCUGCUGGACUGUUGGGAUGUCAGAGUUGUGAACAAGUUAACACAAGUAGUGUCCUGCACUACAAAAGAUUUGGAGACAGAUGGUGGGCUUCUUCGAAUCGGUGGAAGUGCAGAAAAACCUGUGCAUCCCCAGUUCAGACUGUGGCUGAUAACUAAAGGUGACAGACCUCACUCAGUCCCAGCUGCUGUUAGGAUUAGAGCCCUGCACGUGGUGUGCGAUUCCUCCUGGGACCUGAAGGAUGAAUUGUGGUCCUCAGUAAAACAGACACUCUUCUUCUCUCCUGAAGACACUGUGCACAUUCAGUGUGCCAUCCUGCACUCUGUCCUGCUGCAGAGACAAACAUUCAAACACCUUGGUCAAGGACAGCUUUACCUUUGGACUCAGGAAGAUCUACUUGCUCUGAUUGAUGCACAUCACCGCAUAACCAAACACUGUAGUGAUCCCACUGGAGCAUUAGAGUACAUAGCAGGUCACCUGGUUUAUGGGAGCCACGUGUCAGACCAUGCUGAUCUAGCAGCUGUGCAGAGUGUGGUUAGGGCAUGUCUAAGUCAGCCGUCUACAUUAUGGGGACGUGGGCAACACAUUCUUUCAGAUAUCAAUAACUUUACAGGAAGAUUUGAAAAUGGGAGCCUAUUGAAAGACUUGAGACAUCAUAUUCAAUGUAUCACUAGCAGUACGGACCCGUUAAUUCUGGGCUUUAGUCCAGGUAUGGCAGGUGAACUGGUGAAGCUAAAAAGUCAUACCCUCAACAUUCUACUGCAUCAGUCACAGAACAUUUAUGCUGAUGUCAGAGGAGACACCAGUCUUGUUUUAAUGCAACCCCAAGUACUUCUAGACUAUAGAUCGUCUUGGGAAAGAUUGCUAUCUUUACAAGACAAGCUGAGGAAAAUGCACAUUGGCAUGGGAAUGGAAUCUGCUUCUCUUGGUCCGUUGCAUCGUUUCUUCCUGGCAGAGUGGGAGCGUCUGGAUUCGCUGGUGUCUUUCCUCCUUUUGAACAAUUUUCAGCCAGUUAAAUAUAACAUGACAAGCUCCACUGCUGCAUAUCUAACAUCAUCAGCUCUCUCAUGUCUGGAGACUCAAGCAGACCUGCUCAGGUCAUACCUUUGGGAGAAGUCAUCCAGUGUUGCGCCUCAUGUUUAUCGACUGGCUGCCUUUUUCAAUCCCAGAGGCUUUCUGGUAGCGCUGAUCAGAGAUGCAGCCCACAUCCAAAAGAAGGAUAUCAGUCUUUACUCUUUGCAUUUCAAGGUGCUACAUGAUACGGUAUCACCAUCUUCUCCACCCCCAAGUGCUAUAUGUCUGUCUGGACUGGAGCUCCAGGGGGCGCUAUGGGAUCCAGGUUCUGGAGUUCUUACAGACACUCAGUCCCCUCAACUUUCACCUUUCCCACCCCUCUGGGUCAGUGUUGUAGAGAGCAAACGUGACAGGAUCUGUUCUUCUAAAAGCUCACGCUGUAAUUCCUCAUCCCUGUACUACUGCCCCCUGUAUGUAGACAGACAAACUGCAAAUGAAGGUCAGGGUCUCUCUGAUGACAAUAUUAUCACACAUGUUCCACUUGCAACAAGGUUAGAUCCAAUGCUCUGCACAAUGAGACGUGUUAGGUUAACCAGUACUCUCUUACAAUAAACCAUAUAAGGAAUGGUUUAUGCUCUAUGAAAAAAAAGUCAAAUUAUAUAUUAUAACGUUAUAGCAAAAUAUUUAACUUGCAGAUGGGUAAAGAAAUUUAAUAAUCUUUUAGAGAAAAAGUGAAAAUGUAUAGCAGAAGUAUUGUUUAUAAUAUCAUAUAUUUUUGUUGUUGUAGUAUUUACUUUUUCUGUAAUUUUGUGUAUGUGUGAAAUUAACCACGAAAUAAAGCAAGAAAUUAACAAUAUAGUUGGCUUAAACCAAGGUUGCUCACUUUUGGACAUGUAGAGCUUAGUUCAAGUCAUCAAAUUCAAAACUCUGACACUUGUUCAUAACAGCCUUCUACCUCAACACCUUACAGAUCUGUGUGUGUGAAGCUCACAAAGCCUGUCAAGAAAGUGUCCAUGUCAUAUUUCACUCCAAAAUAAAAAGGAAACAUUAAUAAGUGUC